AUGAGUGACAAUGAAGAGAAGCCAUCUCGCAAACGUCCCGUUACACCUCCAAAGUCUAUCCCAAUCCCAGGCGCCCAAGAGCCAAGCUCCGCCCCCUCUCUCCCACCAUGGGUCGCCGGUGGCUCUCCGGCCAAAUUCGUGACACACGACGAGCUUAUGAAAAUCACAAAUGACAUGGAGAACAUGGAGCUGGUCCACGAGAUCGCCAUCGAUCCGAACUUUCAGAUUCCCGAUAAGCCGACAAACGCGAUUCAGAAUUGUGUACGGGAAUCGAUGCACCGCGCGUAUUACAAUCAAUUGCGACGUGACUUGGCUAAAGAUCCGCCAGAGCUCGAGUUUUGUUUCGGGUUUCUCAUGGAGCUGAAAAUCAUGAUCCUCGACGACAUUCUGACCGCUCAACACACUCGCCUGAAAGCCGAGAUCAACUCGAUGCUCGACGAGCCAACGCUACGUGGAAAAAUGGAGGCUGGUCAGCUGGAAAUCGAUAAAGUGAUGAAGUACAUCAUCGAUUUGUGCUCCAGACUCUGCUCACCGGGUAGAGACGGGCUUGUGGCGGCGCUCAGAGAGAAAACGGAUAUUAUUGAUCUGUUUCAAGGCACUAUGGACCUUCUGGAGCUCAUGAAAAACGACCUGACCAACUAUCAAAUCUCGCAAAACCGCUCGGCUAUUGAGGAGUACUCAGCGAAGCACGAAUACAAAAUGUUCCAAAAGUCACUGGCUGAGAAUCCGAAUGGCUGCAAUUUCACGCGGCAAUGGCUGAAAAUCGCUUAUGAGGAGUUGUUCACAGAUAAAGAUUCAGAAGAGGGGACGUCUUCGAAGAAGGAGAAGCCCGCUGACGAUCCAGAGAAUGAGAAGUAUCUUGUGGACACGACUAGUAGAGGAUAUGUGAAGUUGGUGCAAGUCGAUGAGUAUUCUGACUUCCCGGAGACGCUGAAAAUUGAUCGCCUGAAAAUCGAGCUGCUCGCCGAGAAGUUUCUGCAGAUUGUGAUGUGCGCGUCGGCGGUGUUUGUCACUUGCAACGUGGCAGGACGGCAGAUUUCGGAGAGCGAUGGGUUCAAGAAGACGUUGAAGGAUCAUUUGGUGGCGAUUACCAAUAAUACGGAUGAGGAACGAAUCAAAGCAGAUCUGGAAAAAAUCGGCGAACAGUGUGUCAAGGAAGCCAGCGAUACCGCCGUGACACUGAAAUUAGACUGGAAUCCAGGCAAUUCGGUAUCGAUUCGAAACCAGAUCAACGCCCUGAUCAAUCUCGACAACCCAAUCCGGAAUCCAACAUCGGUUCCUCAUCGUCUUCUUCCCGGACUCUCAGUGAUCCAAUCCGAACUUUGUGCCUUUACUUCAAAAUUCCUCCGUCUCUGUGUCCACAAUCGGAAGACGUUCUACACUCUCUACUCAAGCCUCAUUCUCGAAUUCCAAGGCCACGCUCCCUCAACCCACGCCGUCUACCACGCCGACAGCCCUUCGUCAAUGCCGGGACCCUCUUCUUCACAACCAGGGCCCAGUUCAUCAUUCUGA